AUAUCUGAACCAAAUGAGUUUGACAUCAUGCUCGUAAUGCCUGUUACAAGACUUCAGCUGGAUGAAUGUGAUGACACUGGAGCCUAUUAUUAUCUAUCAUUCAAAAGAAAUCCAAAAGAAAAGCAUUUGUCUAAGUUUUUAGAUGAAGAUGGAAAAUUAUCAGCCUUUAAAAUGCUUCAAGCACUAAGAGAAAUUAUUAAACAAGAAGUAAAAAACAUUAAAAAUGUGGAAGUAACUGUGAAAAGGAAAAAGGCUGGAAGCCCUGCAAUAACUCUUCAGAUCAAAAAUCCUCCAGCAGAAAUAACAGUGGACAUCAUCUUGACUUUGGAAGUUCAGCAGAGCUGGCCGCCCAGCACACAGGAUGGCCUCAAAAUUGAACAGUGGCUGGGAAGAAAAGUCAGGGGAGAGUUCAGAAAUAAACCGCUUUAUUUAGUAGCCAAACAAAACACAAGAGAAAAGGUUCUAAGAGGAAACACCUGGCGACUCUCUUUCUCGCACAUUGAGAAGGCCAUGAUGAACAACCACGGCAGCUCCAAGACGUGUUGUGAAUCUGAUGGACCGAAGUGCUGUAGGAAAAGUUGUCUUAAGCUUCUGAAGUAUCUUCUAGAGCAACUUAAAACGAUACAUACAAAAAAGUUGGACAAAUUCUGUUCAUAUCAUGUCAAAACUGUUUUCUUCCACUUGUGUGUCAUGUGGCCAAACGACACAGACUGGCAUUGGGGAGACCUGGAUCACUGCUUUCAGAAGUGCCUGGGCUAUUUCCUGGAUUGCCUGCAAAAGUCUCAGCUGCCACACUUUUUUAUUCCCCAAUACAACUUGCUCAGCAUGGAAGAUAAAGCGAGCAGUGAUUUCCUUUCAAAACAAAUAAACAAUGAGUUGAACAACAGAUUCCCAAUAUUUCAGGAGAAGUAUUAA